GCUUGGACCUGUCAGAAGUCGCCAUCAGCAGCAGCAGCAGCAGCAGCAGCUCACACACGCACACCUGCAUACGGACCACAACACACCGCCAAGCACUAUGAGUGCAACUGGGACUAAAGACCCCCCUCCCUACCUCAUCCCAGUAGAAAAUAAGGGGAGCGAUGUGAAGGUGUACCACGUGCACACCCCGUUCACCCCUCCCAACACGCAGGACGUCACUGUGUCUCAGGAUAGACCAGUGUACACCAGUGGAGGUGGAGGCGUCGGAUCAGAGCGCCUCCCUGGGGAGUCUAAAAAGAACUAUGUGAGCUAUGAUGUGGGGCUGGGCCGUAGCCCCGGCAUGACCACCUGCAGCGCCUGCAACCAGCAGGUCAUGACUAACGUCCAGUAUAAGGCAGGAACGUACGCCUGGCUCAUGUGCUUACUCUUCAUCUGCUGUGGAUUGUUCUUGUGCUGCUGCCUGAUCCCAUUCUUCCUCGACAGCUUCAAAGAUGCCUACCACACAUGUCCACGCUGCAAUAAAGUCCUGCACAUCGAGAAGAAGCAAUGCUGCAAAUAACGAGCAGGAGGAACAAAAAUGGACCCAUAGAAAUAAUGAUAAAUACACAAAGAAAACACCAGCUUUUUUCAUCCUUUGGGUGACUUGAUGAAGAUCAGGCCGCCGUGCCCGAUUCUGACGCUGACUCAGCGAGGUCACCCUUGCCUACUUCUAUGGAGCAACCAUUGACUUCCUCACUGCAUUACAGUAUGUUAUUUUAGCAAACACGCUGGGGGGUGAUGGUGCUGUCAGAGAUUAAUAAAUACUUAUAUAUAUAUGUAUAUAUGUAUAUAUAUAUAUAUAUAUAUAUAUAUAUAUAUAUAUAUACAUAUAUAAAACCACGUGCUGAAAAAUCUCAACCUCUGGCAGGUUCAUGCACACUCCAUGCACCUUUAUUUUUUAUUUUUUACAUCAAAAUGAAGGCUGUACAUAGAUUCUAUCCAACACUUCACGUUUCAAAGGGUUUUAACAUCUAAACGGAUCAGCUUGCAAUUUGAAGGGACUGUCAAACUUUUGAAUAACAUGUAAGCAAAAGUGCUUAAAAAAACUAUUUCCUUAUAAACAUGUUCUGCACAGAAGAUACAAGAAAAUUAACCUGCAGCGUUCAAACCAAUCUGUUUUUAAAUAUUUUCUUUUGGAAAAUCAUCCUUUACAUUUUUAUGUAAGGUGGAUAAACAACAUAUUCUAUGGUAUAUAAGAAAAACUUAUAUAUUGCACAAUAAUCGCCACAUGUAAGUGUAAAUAAGAAUGUCAUUUAUAUUCUUUUAAUCUUUACCUCCAACCAGGAGCACCGGAAAUUAUUAUUUUCAUUUAUUACAGUAUAUGGGGCAGUGCAAAAAUAAACAAUACACCAUUUUAAUUUUUUUUUGUUAUGUUUUAUAACAUGUUGCAAACAAAUGUCUGUUUGAAAAUCAGCCAUUGUCUAGAAAAACUCACACAAAAAGCUAUUUUCUGCUCUUACUCUACCACUGGAUGAGCAUGCUUCCGUUAUUUAGUACGAUUGUUACAAAAAAAAGUUUAUCCAAUAAAAGUAGAUCAAAUAAUAUGUGGCUCCUGGCUGAGUUUAUGUUAGUAAAGCA